AUGGCUGCGCACAUGAAAGCAGUGGAAGAAGCAGAGGCAGCUGGAUCAGGUGAUCGUGGCGCAUGGAAGUGGAAGAUACGUCAGAGGAUCUGGGAUUACAUGGAGGAGAAUGACAUUGCUGCAAACCCGCGACCAGUGCACCACCGCAUCCCAAACUUUGUGAAUGCGGAGUUGACUGCUAAGCAGGUGGCAGCGCUACCUGAGUUCCAGAGCGCCAAGUGGGUGAAGGUCAACCCAGAUCGUCCUCAAUCAGAGGUCCGUGCAACAGUGCUCCGUUCUGGGAAAAUGCUGUUGGUGCCGCAGCCAAGGCUUCGCACAGGGUUCUUCAGCGUGUUGGACCCAGCAAAGAUCCCGAUGGAUAAAUAUGGAUAUGCUUGUACACAGGCAGGCGUUGUGGCAUUUGGCGAGCCCAUUGAUCUGGAUGCGAAGCUCAAGGUUGAUAUGGUCAUCAUUGGAUCGGUCGCAGUCAAUCCUGCGAAUGGAGCUAGAAUAGGGAAGGGAGAAGGCUUUGCAGAGCUAGAGUAUGGGAUGCUUCGGCUAAUGGGGGCCAUUGAUGACACCACACCCGUGGCGUGGAAGAAGAACAUUUCACGUCGUUUUGUUCCAUAUGUUAUUUGUGUUCCAAGUGCAAAUGGGGGAGUUGAGGUGGUGAGCUGCAUCCACGAUUGCCAGCUCGUAGAUGAUAUUCCUUCUGCGCCGUAG